AUGAUGACAUUGGAAAAUAAUAUUGGUGACGGAAAAUCCUUGUGGAAACAGAGCGCACGGUGGAUCAAAUAUGAACAAGACGUCGAAGGUGCCUUUACUCGCUUCAGCAAGCCCUACAUCACUCUGCUCCAUAUGCAGCGAAGAAAUUGCCUGAAGAAAGGAGUGGUGCUCUUGGACGUCGUGGAGACGGGAUUCGAUGACAUUGCCAGAACGAUCGUCAAACAGUGGGGCCAACGAGGACUGGUGAAUAAUGUAGUAUCCGACAUAGUCCUACAAGUUAUGCUGUCCCCCAAAUAUCAUCUUGGAGCUGUUCCAGGAGAAAACUACUUUGGAAAAGCCGGCGGACACGUACGAAUUGUUCGAGAUGAAAACGGCACAGCAAAAUUUGCCGAGAAUGAGAAUGAAGAUGAUGGUGACGACCAAGACCUCCUUAGCCAUCCUCAGCCAUUACGUGAUAUCAUCAAGGCUAAUCGGAGAAUUCUGAAGAAGCUACCAACAAACACGGAAGGGGCAGCUAUUCUGACCGGCUACGUGUCCUGUCUGGAUCGACCUGUUUCGGCUUUCGUACGAUUGAAAGUGGCACAGGUAGAGCGUUUAUAA